ACACCAAGCACACGAGUUUGUGGCAACCAUUUCAGACCCGAAGACAUAGGCUAUAUGAGACGCCUUCUGGUCGACGCCGUUUGCACCACAACUCAGUUCCAUCAAAAUUUAGUUGGACAAAGUUAAUUGCAGAGAGACCACUGCCAAAUAGACUGAGAACCACUGAUGAUGCCACUGUUCCAAGCAGUCGGACCAGCAGUCUGAGUUUUAAUCACAUUAAUCCUACUCAAGUGGAUCACAACUACUGCAUUGUAGUGAAAACAGCUGAAGAAAAACUUGAGCAAGCUUUAAAAAAACUUGAGAAUUUAAAAACUCAAGUUUCAAAGCUGUCAAUAUCUAAAUUCGGUAUGGAACUUUUCAAGGCGUCAAGCUCCAUGAUUAAAUAUUAUACUGGCUUUAGUUCCUAUUGUUUAUUGAUUGACUUUGCUAACUCUUUAACACUAUGGUCUGCUGUAAGCGAAGAAGUUUAUAAUGGAAGUAGCGAUUUUUUAGACCACCCAGUAUCAGACAAUGAAAUAACCCGGAGAUCUGGAAUUUUGAGUUUGCUUGAAAGAGGGGAUUUCGUAAUGUGUGACAAAGGAUUUGCCAUCAGGAGUCUUUUGGAAGUGAAAGGUGUGGGUCUAAAUAUUCCUCCAUUCAACUUUAACGGGCGGUUCACAUAUGAUGCAUUGCGGUCCAGCAAGAUUGCUUCACUUAGAGUCCACGUAGAACGAGCAAUCAGAAGGGUGAAAGAAUAUCAGUUAAUUGAAGGCAGAAUACCACUGAGUAUGCUAGGAACAGUAACAGUUAAUCAACUAUGGACCGUUGCUUGCUUAUUAACCAACUUUAGCGGUCCUUUGUUUUAGAAGUAGUUAUUUAGUUUUAUUUUUCAGUUUUAGUUUGUCUAUUGUUGAAUAAUUAUUUUGAGUUCGAGCAGUUAGGACAUAUUUUAUGUCCCUUUAAAGAUCUUAGCUUUGUUAGAAUAUACAGCAGAGGGUGUGGGUGUCACAACAUUAUAUUAGGUUAACAGUAAAAUAAAAGGGAAAAUUCAGAAUAGCCUUUUGUACUGCCUGUCUCACCUGUUUUCAACAAAUUGCACUAUGGCGAAUACACAAAAUACUAAUUUAUUGAAAAAUAGUUGAAAGCCCAAAGCAACUGGUUACUACAUUCUAAAUUUAAAGCAAUAAAAUAGAUAAAUGCCUAGGCAAGUUUUUUCUCUUGAUAUAUAAUUAUCCUUCAGACAUUUCACAUAGUGAAAAAUUUUUGUCCUCACGAUGACAUGUUUGUUGCAACCGUAUUUAUGAAAUGAUCAUAAAAAAAGGAUUCCAGGUAGGUCCAGAAAAUAUGCAUCAUCAAAACAUAUGCGAUCAAUAAAACAUGCACCCGAAGGUAAAAGAAUAAUGAUGUCACACCACUUGAGUCCUGUGAUUCCUAAACACCCCAUUAUUUGAAAAUAUAUUUUCAAUGUCCAUUCCCCUUUAUCAUUUUGAAACCUUGUCAAAAGUGUCAGACAUAGGGCAUUUGACUUCUAAUAAGCCAUAGCAUAGGUUGCCAUCACAAGAUGGGUCGUAAACUUUGCGAUCUGGUGAACACCCCAACCAGGGACAAGUUGAAGAUAUUACCAAUCCACAUGGGGAACACUGGCAUUUUUUAUUUCCUCGUAUAAUUUUUCUGGUUCCAUUUGGAUACCUCUUUUCAUUGCUGCAGUUUGAAAAAAUUUGGAAGAAGUAAGAUUUGAAGCAAGGGAGUCAAAAUUUGAAACACGUUUAUAAAUUCGGCCAAAUUUGGAUGCUGUAAUUCUUAAUUUUCGUUGUUGGUGCCAAAUCGGAGAGUUAUACUGAUUUCGAGUCAUAAAUUCAAUGUGUUUACUUACAAUCUUCUCUGCCCAAAGUCAGAUUUUGCAUCACUUUGUGUUGCAUUUCUGUUAACACCGUGUUAGUCUGUGGAGACAAACUAGACAGAGGGAGAGGAGGGAAUUCAAAACUUUUCUCAUCACAUAUCUGUUGAUAUGCUAGAGCAAGGGUUCUCAAACUUUUGGUGUUGCGGAGCCCUUGAAAAGGUUAACUAUUAUUCACGGAGCCCCAAAAUAAAUGUUAAAAUUGUUACUUUCGGAUUAAUAUUCCUGAGCAAGUUAAAAGUA